AUGCCAACCAAGAAGACUAGCAAGGAGAAGCGAGGUGGAGCGGCCAGAGGGAAAAAAGCCAAGGCAGCCAAGGAUACCGUCACCUAUGACGCCCCUACUCCGUUCGCAUCCGCCACACUCGACGUCACCAGUCACCCCUACAUCCUCUCCCUUAUCAUCGACCACACCCCACUCCCUACCCUCUCUAUCCUCGCGCAAUGUAGCAAAUACACCUGCCAGGCCGUCAUCCCCAAGCUAUACCGCAAGCUCCGCCUCACCACCAAACAAUUCGACAAGCUCAUCGAGGUCGGGAACGCUCCGUCAAAGCGUGGGUCGAUGUCCGGUCUGCUCGGCCGUUCAUUCUCGCCGUACCUCCGGGUGGGGCUCGAACACGUUCAUCACCUCCAUAUCGUCGACUUCUCCCCUCAAUGGGUCAUGCCAAAGAUCCCCCGAGGCGCUAUGGCGAAUGUGAUCACCGUCGUGCUCGGCUACGAGCCCCACUACGUCUGGCGUCGACGUUUCACCUAUUCGCUGCCCGUCGAGGCGCUCAGUCGGAUCUCGAAACACAUACGCGACGUCACGAUUAUCACUCGCAACACAUACGGCUUGUAUCCGGUCCUCACCAGACACAUGGACGUGUACAAAUUCGUCAAAGACGGUGUGCGGAGCGUGACAUUCGUAUGCCAGCCGGUGGGGUACGAGACCCCGGAAGGGUGGCGACGAACGGAAUACCUCGGCCCGAAGUGGAAUUACGCUUUCCCCAAAUCCGCCAACAACCCAUCGCAGUAUGCUGUUCGUCUCAUUGGCGGCAAUUACCCCGGCCUCGACACCCCUCUGGCGCCGCAAACGGUCAACUCCGAGCUCGCGCUAUCGUUGCACGCCGACGCCGCUGCCGAAGGUACCACCAUGCUCUCUUUCACAGCGUGGCUCGACGUCGAGGACAAUGAAGCCAUCUUCGGGUCGAAGGAAGUGGCGAGGUUCAGGAAGAUCGAUGCGGGCGCGCUCUUCCCAUAUUACCGAAUCAGCGGCGUUCGAUGGGUGUUCCGCGGGGAUGUGCAUAUUGAGGAGAGGCAAAAGCAGCAGGCAGGUAGGGCUAGAAGUAGUCAGAGAGCGAGCAAUUCAUUAUGUGUGUAUGUAUAUCCAUGCAGCUGGGUUUCACUUUCCUUCGCUCCAUCAACCGCCUCUCAUUCUUCCAAUCCCAACAUCAUGCCGCCCAAGAAGGGCAGCAAGAAGGCGCAAGGAGAAGUAGCUGGAGGAAAGAAAUCCCAGGCAGCUGAGCAAACGGUCGCCAUCGACGAUUCCAUCCCCACCGCCGUCCCCGUUCUCAACAUCACUUCACACCCGUACAUCCUCUCCCUCAUCAUCGAGCAGUCACCCCUCUCCACUCUCACAGCCCUCGCCCGCUGCAGCAAAUACACCUUCCAAGCCGUCAUUCCCAGACUUUACCGCAAUCUUUGGCUCAGCACCACCCAGUUCGAGCAGCUCAUCGAAAUCGGGAACGCUCCGUCCAAGCGCGGUUCGAUGUCGGGUCUUCUCGGGCGGUCUUUCUCACCAUACCUUCGGGAGGGGCUCCAGCACGUCCACGCCCUCCAUAUCACCGAUUACUACGUGGAAUGGGUCAUACCGAAGAUUCCUCGCGGCGGUCUUUCGAACGUCGCCAGUGUCUACAUAUCGUUGAGACCCAGCUGGUGUGCCCCGCACGAUGUCCGACUCCCGUCGGACAUGCUCACACGCAUAUCACGGAGUAUACGGACGGUCACAUUCAUACUCUCAGCAAAUUACUGCUGCAAUUUCCACCCGACGAUCAACCCGUCCUGCCAAUCGAAACUGGUCACGAAUGAGGGUCUGCGAGCCGUGACGAUUGUCUUCCGCCCGAAUCACCACUUGUCUGGACCCCCACGUCGAUGGACACACAACGUGCCCCUGUCAUCCGACGUCUGGCCUCUGUAUACCCUCCGCCUCGUGGGCGCCGCGCACUCCGGCUACGUCCUUUAUCCGCCCCCAGCUCAAGCAGGCCAGGAGACCACCUCAGACGACCAGGCGGUCGGUCCUAUCGGCAACACAACCUCAGACUUCGCUACCUGGAUGGACGAGCAGGAGCCUGGGGCGGUGUUCAGCGAGAAAGAGGAGGCAGAGCUCAGGAGGAUUGAUCGGAUAUAUGAUUCUGAGACAAGUGUAUGCUAA